CUCGAAAGCAAAGCGUGUCCAGUCAGUCACUCCAGUCUUGUUGAAUCUGUAGUCAUUACGUAUGCAUCGGUAAUUAAGUUAAAUGAUCUUAUGGCGCCACUAGUCACGUGCUUUUUAACCUAACCUAAUAUCCUUUGUCCUCAAUAUUCAGACUCGAAUCAAAUUAAUAACAAUGGCCGUCGUAGUUGGUUGUCAUUCGGAGUCGUACAUGGAUUACGUGAUGGUGAAAAACGUAUGGCCAGUGGCAAUCACUACUGAUCGGUCCGAGUGAUUAUUCUUCAAAUGAAAUUAACGUGACGUGUACUACAAUAAAGGAUGCUUUUCUAGUGGGUGGUUGUAUCGUAGUGUCAACUAGUGACCACGGAUGACCAGCUGACAAUGUUUUGUCAUUAGCAUAUAUUAGUGUUUAGCGGGUGAUCGCGGUAAAACAAGAAUGUUUAAAGCUGAGGAAUCGUCCAGAGAUAGCUUUCUUCAGCAAACGAAGGCCGCUAGGGAAGAAAGGGCCCACGAGAAAGACAGAGAAGCUGCUGUCACCCUAAUUCAGGCUUAUGUUAGAGGAUGGUUAACUCGUAAAAAAAUAUUAGAAGAGUUUGAUACAAAUUUUUUCAAUGAUGCUGGUACAGAAGCAAGUAUAGAAUUAAAGCCUGCUUUGUAUAUGUAUAAGAUUAUUUCUAAAUUUUUGUAUGUCUACAAGAAAGAAAGGGAUCAAGGAAGAAUAGAAAAGUUAUGUAGGUAUUUAGUAUUGACUCUUGAUUCAGAGUCACCGGAAAUAUCAUAUGUAGGACUCCUAUUGAACAAAGAUCAUUACAUAUCAUGGAUAUUACAAAUGAAAACAAUAUUACUUUAUUGUUUAACUGGUUUGGAGAAUCUGAAACCAGAAAGAAUAACUGAUCAUAAAUCCAUCCAUUUGAGAUUACAUACAUUAGUUAGUUUUACAUCACCAGGAACAUGGGCAAUUCAAAAAGUAGAAGGAAUGGAGAAGCUCAAAGCUGGUAUGAACCGGCUAUGCGCAAACAUGAUGGGCCACCUAGUCAACAAUGGAUUUUAUCCUAUUAUGCAGGUUUUUUUGGUAAAGGGAUUAGGUAGAGUGGAAAUUGCUUUAAAACCAAUUGCACUUUCAGCAGCAGUUACAUUGGCAUUAAGGCCAUUAAUUUCUUCUCAAAUGUCAGAUAAAUUGGUGUCAUUAUUUUUGAUCAACAUUUUUAGCGUGCCUGCAUUGGUCUAUCAUUUAAAUAAUAUAUCAUCAGUGUGUAUUUCAUCAUUUAUUACUUACAAUUUAUUUGCAAGAAGCCUUGAAUUAUUAAAUUUAGAACAAAACCUUAGGAUAGUUUUUAAUGCUCUGGAAGGUAGCUAUGCACUGUGCUUACUAGCCAACUUGAUACAGUUGGCUAACAUUGAGAGGGUUGAAGUAUUAAAAGAGUUAUACUUUCCUUCUUUUACGUUUGUAGUAACAAAAAUGUUGGAAUCAUGUCAACAAUAUGUGGUUGCAAAACAAAGUAAUUUAACCCACUGGCACCCCAUUCUUGGAUGGCUUGCGCAAAAGGUUGACACUUCUCUGCAAGAACCUAUCCCGUAUGUAAAAUCACAGUUAGCAUGUCUGUGGACAGGAGGGAUAGUGACACAAUUAAUCGGUCAACCUUUAACGGAACUUAUCGAAAAGGAAAUACCUCCACCAGUAGAACAACAAAGUUCAUCCGUUGGAACCAACAUUUUCCGAAGAGCGUUUUUAGAAACUCGUACAAAUAGAAAUAAUAAUACUAAAAAUUAUAGAAAAUUGGGUAGUCCAGAAACCACUAGGAUAGCACUGAUUUGUUCCCUUUACCAAUUUGCUUUACAUACCCUUACACAGAUGAAGAUGGAAAUAUUAACUGGACUCUGCUACCAGGAUAAAAUUCUGUAUCAUAUGUAUUUAUUUCUGGGAACAUUGGGUCCGCAUUGUGGUUUGAAAGCAUUUUUAGAUCAUUUAGCUGCUAAUACGAAAUGUACAGCACCCGAAUUUCAAAUGUUGAUAUUAUUUUCGGACUGUAUGACACAUUACGUGACAAUUUUAGAUGAUAUGGAAAUGUACGAACAGCAAGAUCCAUUCAAGCUUAACGAUUUUGUAACGAUAUCAUAUUUUUUAAACCAAUUUUUGUAUAAGGCAGUUCUAAAUAAUUUGUUUGUUUUAGAUGUUCCAGACGUGAAGUCGGUUCCUAAUAAUCCUCUGUUCACCUCUCUUCACACACUUUUAAUGGCAAUCUAUCGACGGGACUGUAGAAGGACUUUCUGUCCGGAAGGGCACUGGUUGGCAAAGGAAGUUAGGGUAUCUGGUUUCCUGGCGGACUUGGAGAAAGGCAAACGAGGUGCUGCUCUUCUUCUUUCUAAAAUGCCUCAUGUUAUUCCUCAUUCGGAACGCGUGGUACUCUUUCGUAAACACGUUGCUAAUGAGAAAGCGGUGCUAGGAUUGACUGAAAGCGCGUGUAACAGUACACCGACAACACUGAUCGUUGUUCAUAGAACACGUAUAGUGGAAGAUGGAUACCGUCAGCUCGCAAUGUUACCGUCUCAGGCAUUGAAAGGUGUGAUUAGAGUUCGUUUCGUAAAUGAGCAGGGCUUAGCCGAAGCUGGUAUCGAUCAAGACGGAGUGUUUAAAGAAUUCUUAGAGGAGAUAAUAAAGAAAGUUUUCGAUCCAUCGUUAAAUCUGUUUAAAGCCACUAGCGAGAAUCGGCUUUAUCCGUCUCCAACAUCUUCCAUGCAAGAUAAUCAUUUGCAACUUUUUGAAUUUGUUGGCCGGAUGUUAGGUAAAGCGGUGUACGAAGGCAUUGUUGUAGAUGUACCUUUUGCGUCCUUCUUUGUUUCCCAAUUUUCUGGGCAAACUGGAGGAGCAUUGUACAGUUGGCUAGAUGAACUGGCUUCUUUGGAUCGUGAUUUAUAUCGAAGUCUUACCCUUGUAAAGCAUUACAAAGGCGAUGUUAAGCAAUUAGAAUUAACUUUCUCUCUUGAUGAAGACGUUCUAGGCAAAUUAGUUACGCACGAGUUGAUACCAGGAGGAAGAGCGGUGCCGGUCACCAAUGAAAAUAAAAUUAAUUACAUACAUUUAAUGGCUCACUUUAGAAUGCACAUGCAAAUAAAGGAUCAGACAGCUGCUUUUAUUAAAGGAUUUCGUUCUAUAAUUAAUCCCGAGUGGUUGGCGUUAUUUUCAACUCCAGAAUUACAAAGAUUAAUUUCUGGUGAUAAUGUUCCAUUGGAUUUACGAGAUUUACGAAGACACACGCAAUAUUAUGGUGGUUUUCACGAUAGUCAUCGUGUAGUAUGCUGGCUGUGGGAUAUAUUGGAGAAAGAUUUCUCUGAAGAAGAAAGAGGCUUAUUUUUGAAGUUCGUUACAAGCUGCUCCAAAUCACCUUUGCUGGGAUUUGCAUACUUAGAACCACCAUUUUCGAUUCGUUGCGUUGAAGUUGGCGAUGACGAGGACACGGGUGACACAAUUGGUAGCGUAAUCAGAGGAUUCUUUACGAUUCGUAAAAAAGAUCCACAGAAUCGUUUACCUACUUCAUCCACGUGUUUCAAUCUUCUUAAAUUACCGAAUUACCAAAAGAAAAGUACCUUGCGAGAGAAGUUACGUUAUGCCGUCACUAGUAACACUGGUUUUGAACUUUCGUAAUCGAUAAUUCAUUCACAAUGAACGAUGAUUAAUGAGAUCGCUCAAAAUACUUAACAAAAGUUUAUACAAAGUGAUUGAGUGGUGCCUGACCGCCGCGAUACGAAUUGCCAUGAACUUUCAAUUGAAUAAAACUGAACAGCAAAGACGCGAAUGGAAAUUAUUGAAAUUAAAUCGAAAACUCGCACAAAUUUUAUGAGAUAUUGCAUAAACUAACAAAUCUAUCACUUUUUCACUUUUGUACUUUUUGUUAUCUCAUUUGAACACGAAGAAAUUUUUGAUAAAUCAGUUUCAAACUGCUCACCUUUAAUUGGUAAUUAUAAUGAAAAAUGAACAAAUAUUUCUCACUUAUUGAAAUUCUCAUGAGAUUUGUUUCGUGUGUUUAUAAUAAUUACAAUUAUGUGCCUAUUUCAUUAUUCUGUCAAUAGUUAAAUCUUAAAUCGGGUUAAUUUAAAUCUGUACGUCUUUACUUCACUUCUGUAAUAAUUUUGUGGGUUUCAAUUUUUAAUUAACACACUCUCUCGCCAAAUGGUAGAUUACUUAUGGUGUAAAGCACACUGUACCUCAAUGAGCUUAAUAUUGCUAAUACUUGUGCGCUUGUUAGUUUAUAGUACCGUGAAUUAAUGUUAGACAAUUAAACCACAUAAAUUAUACGAGAUAAGUGUUAAAUGUUCGUACCCAUUGGUGCCCAGGGAGUAAUAAAAAAGGAAAGGAGAGAUUUUCUAAAAUUUUGGAACCAUUUGCAGUUUGAGGUUCCAUUUUAAGGAGACCUAUUUUCUCAAAAUUUUAUACAAGUUUUUGAAAUGCUGUAUAGAAGAUGAAAUUCAUCCGUUUGGAAAUAUAUGUGUACAUAGAACGUCCACGGGCUCUUAUGGGUUCAACAAUCUCUAAGUGUCGUAUAAAAUUAAAAAAUCAGUUUGUUCGAGUUGGACGAAAUUGUGAUGUUUGUUCUCCUACUUGAAUGUUUCGAACUGAAUUUCCUGUAAUUAUAGUAUCUGCGGUCUUUUGUAUAAGCAGAAAUGGUUGUAGAAGAGAAAGAGGGGAGCAGAAGGACUGUUAUCUGCUGUGUCGUCUGCGAUAUAGCGAGGAACAUGUUAUUAUUAGAGUGAAAUUUAUUUUUCUUGCGAUUCACCCAUAUUUCGGCGGAUAGACUCGUAACAUUAUCGAUGGAAAUUCGGUCAGACCAAAGAUAGAAGCCUAUUUACUGUGAGAUGAGAUAAUUCGAGAUAUAAACUUUUCAUAUUUUCCUACACGAUCGUAUGUAAGUUUUCAGGUCUGUAUUCACAGAUUGUAUGUAUAUUGAAUAAGGGUAAUAACAAAACUGGGCGUUUCUAUAAUGAUAGAAUAAGUUUAAGGAUGAGCUAGGUUUAAUUGCAUACUAACUGGUUCGUUAACAUGCACAUUGUGAUCACUAGAAAAAUUAUCUUGGUUGUUCAGAAAAAAAGGAGAAUCGAAUUUAAUAAUAAUUUUUGACCUUUGUUAUUUUACAGCAGAGUUUUAAUCGAUUACUCUUGUAGUAAUAAUUGUGAAUACAUGCCUCCUAAUUACAUGUACAAUUGAAUGAAACAACAGAUAGUACUCUUCUUUAUGAGUAUACUUAUCAUUAAAACAAUACAUGUAUAUGAUAAAUGUGGAUAUCGAUACAGACAUGGAUAUAUGGAGUAAAAUGUUAAAUAAAACUGUUACGGUUGUAAGAUAAGACCGAUGAAUUUUUUUCUCAAUGCCUCUUCUUGGUAAACAAUUAUUUUUCUUAUUUUAAACAUAAUUUAAAUUGUAGUGAAAUAUAAAAUAUCAGAAAAUUAAAAAAAGUAUAAUCGAUUUUUUCUUACAAUCGUAUCACUGAUAGAAAAUACGCUUUGUACAUUGCUGGCUUGAAUCGUUCGUAUUUCUGUAACAUUUUUUAAUAAAAAUGUAUACAUUAUUGUGAUGCAGCAAGAGAAAGAGUAGAUUUAUUAAUUUAAUACAUUCAAUAAUGAAUCGUGUAAAUGUAUCCAAUUAA